AUAAACAUGGCUGGCGUGGCCGCGCGGCGGGGCCAUGCCGAGUGUGUGUAGAGGGUUUGGGGGCGCUUCGGCGAUGCUGUGGAGCCGGAACUGGUCUGGAGUCGGCUGCCGCUUGUCAAGCCUCCCUUCGCCUCUGCUCCCUGAACGGCAGCGUCGCAGCUGCCGCUGAUCCACCUGGGGGAUGCCCGCGGGCCUCACGGAACCGGCCGGCGCCGCUCCGCCAGCCGGUGUGAGCGCCUCCGGGUCCGUGACCAUGGCCCCCGCUGGGACUCGCCCUGUCCGGGUGGAGAGCGCUCCGAUGGCCUUGGGCGCCGUGACUAAGGCUCCUGUCAGUGUCUGCGUGGAGUCCACGGUGUCCCAGCCCGGGCGGCCCCCCGUGGGGACCCUGGUGACCAAAGUGGCUCCUGUCAGUGCUCUUCCUAAACUCAGCAGCGGCCCUCCGCUGCCUGCUCCUCAGAUAGUCGCUGUGAAAGCCCCCACCACCACAACAAUCCAGUUGCCUGCUAAUUUGCAGCUUCCUCCAGGAACAGUUUUAAUCAAAAGUAACAGUGGCCAGUUGAUGUUGGUAUCUCCUCAGCAAGCUGUGACAAGAGCAGAGACCACUACUAACAUCACUUCAAGGCCAGCUGUCCCAACAAAUACUCCUACUGUUAAAAUUUGUACAGUGCCGAAUUCUGGUUCACAGUUAGUUAAGAAAGUGGCAGUGGCACCUGUUAAAAAAUUGGCACAAAUCGGAACUACUGUGGUAACCACUGUUCCAAAGCCUUCCUCAGUACAGUCUGUGGCUAUGCCAACCAAUGUUGUCACAGUUACUCCUGGAAAGCCCUUGAAUUCUGUAACUACCCCGAAGCCUUCACCUGCCCUCUCAGCCGAGCCCAGUCUCAGAGCAGAGAACUCAGCAGCUGCACAGGCGAAUCUUUCUCCGGCAAUGCUAGAAAAUGUGAAGAAAUGUAAGAACUUCCUUGCCAUGUUAAUAAAACUAGCGUGUAGUGGAUCACAGUCCCCAGAAAUGGGGCAGAAUGUUAAGAAACUGGUGGAACAACUUUUGGAUGCAAAAAUUGAAGCAGAAGAAUUUACUAGACAACUGUAUGUUGAACUCAAGUCUUCACCUCAGCCUCACCUCGUUCCUUUUCUUAAGAAAAGUGUGACUGCCUUACGAAAACUCAUGCCCAAUGCUCAGAGCUUUAUUCAGCAGUGUGUUCAGCAGACCUGUAGCGAGGGAGUCACUGCUGCCAGUACCACUGCAGCGGCAACUUCUCCCGUGGUGACAACAACCGUUUGCUCAAUCCAGCCUGAAAAGCCUGUCAUCAUCUCUGGAGGAACAACUCCCAGUACUGUGUCAGUGCCAGCUCGGAAUCCACUUGCUGGCCCAGGGGGAGCAAAAACAGGAGUUGUGACACUUCAUUCUGUGGGCCCACCUGCUGCACCAGGAGGAACAGCAGCUGGAACUGUUCUGCUUCAGACCCCAAAGCCACUUGUGACAUCUAUACAGAACACAGUCACAGCAGUCUCCCUUCCACCUGAGAAGCCAGGUGUCUCUGGGGCAGCAGUCACGCUGGCCCUCCCCGCCGUGACUUUCGGAGAACCCUCCGCAGCAGCUAUCUGUCUUCCGUCUGUGAAACCUGUCGUGACCUCUGCUGUGACCACAUCUGACAAGCCUGUCAUUGCUCCAGUCCAGAUCAAACUUGCACCACCGAGCCCUGUCCUUUCUCAGCCAGCUGGUAUUCCACAGGCAGUUAAAGUCAAACAGCUAGUAGUCCAGCAGCCUUCAGGAGGUGUCACAAAACAAGUGACCACACUUCCCCAUUGCUCAGCAUUGACCAUUCAGAAAUCUGGACAGAAGACGAUGCCAGUGAGCCCUGCAGUACCUACCAGUCAGUUUCCUCCAGCUUCUAUUCUAAAGCAAAUUACCUUGCCAGGAAAUAAAAUUCUGUCACUCCAAGCAUCUCCUAUUCAGAAGAAUAAAGUAAAAGAGAAUGGAACAACAUCUUUCAGAGAUGAAGAUGACAUCAAUGAUGUGGCUUCCAUGGCAGGGGUCAACCUCAGUGAAGAAAAUGCCUGCAUCUUAGCAACAAACUCUGAAUUGGUUGGCACUCUCAUUCAGUCAUGUAAAGAUGAGCCUUUUCUUUACAUCGGCGCUCUACAGAAGAGGAUUUUAGACAUCGGUAAAAAGCAUGACAUUACAGAACUUAACUCUGAUGCUGUAAACUUGAUCUCCCAUGCAACACAGGAGCGAUUACGAGGCCUUCUAGAAAAACUGACUACAAUUGCUCAGCAUCGAAUGACAACAUACAAGGCAAGUGAAAAUUACAUCCUGUCUAGUGAUACCAGAUCACAGCUCAAAUUUCUUGAAAAGCUAGAUCAAUUGGAGAAGCAGAGAAAGGAUUUAGAAGAAAGAGAAAUGCUACUUAGGGUAGCCAAGAGUCGUUCCAAUAAAGAAGAUCCAGAACAGCUGAGAUUAAAGCAGAAAGCCAAAGAGUUACAACAGUUGGAGCUUGCUCAGAUACAGCAUAGAGAUGCUAACCUCACAGCUCUUGCGGCUAUUGGACCAAGAAAGAAGAGACCACUCGAAUCUGGGUCUGGAUGUGAGGGCUUAAAAGACAACCCUCUUGCUUCUGGGACGUCCGGCCUGACAGCCGCCAAACAGUUGCUUCGUCCGAGAAUCACAAGAAUCUGUCUCAGGGACUUGAUAUUCUGUAUGGAACAGGAAAGAGAGACGAAGUAUUCUCGAGCGCUGUACCUUGCCCUUCUGAAGUGACCACUCCAGUCUCCGUCCAGACCAGUGCUGCUUACUGCCAAAGAAGACAUAAAGAGCAUAGCUGCACUCUCCUGAAAUUUCAGUUUCUGGAAAAUAAUCACCAGUAGGGAAGAUCAUUGUUUACAGUUAUAAACUUUUAUUGAAUCUUA